AAAAUAGCAAAAAUUAUUGAACACACAAAAAUCUCAUUUUUUUUCAUCAAAAAAGAUUCAAUUAAUUUUAUCUGAAAUGGAGGAAUAUGACUUUGAUCAUAAAAUAGUAGAAGUAAAUGGGAUAAAUAUGCAUGUUGUUGAAAAAGGACAAGGUCCUUUUGUUCUAUUUAUCCAUGGUUUCCCAGAAUUAUGGUAUUCAUGGAGGCACCAAAUUAUAUUCAUGGCUAAACAUGGUUAUAGAGCCAUGGCUCCUGAUCUUCGUGGUUAUGGUGAUACAACAGGAGUACCUAAAGAUGAUCCAAGCAAGUUUAGCUCUUUAAGAGUUGUGGGUGACUUAGUGGAACUUUUAAAUACCAUUGUGCCUGAGGAAGAUAAAGUGUUUGUUGUUGGCCAUGAUUGGGGUGCUAAGAUUGCUUGGGAACUUUGUUUAUUGAGGCCAGACAAAGUUAAGGCUUUGGUUAAUAUGAGUGUGCCAUUUUCUCCUAGGAAUCCUAAGAGAAAACCAAUUGAGUCAUUGAAGGCUAUCUAUGGUGAUGACUAUUAUGUUGUUAGAUUCCAGGAGCCUGGAGUGAUGGAAGCAGAGUUUGCAAAAAUAGGCACUAAAAAAGUGUUGGGGAAAUUUUUAACUUAUAGGAACCCUGGACCAUUAUACAUGCCUAAAGGCAAGCCUUUUGAUGAUAGUCCAGUAAUUUUGCCCUCUUGGCUAUCACAAAAAGAAGUUGAUUAUUUUGCUAGCAAAUAUGAACAAACUGGCUUUACUGGUGGAUUUAAUUAUUACAGAGCACUUGACUUAAAUUGGGAAUUGACAGCAGCAUGGAGUGGUGCAAAAGUGAAAGUACCAGUAAAGUUCAUUGUGGGAGAUUUGGAUUUAACUUAUAAUGCCCCUGGAGUAAAAGACUAUAUAAACAAAGGUGGAAUGAAAAAAGAUGUGCCUUUGCUAGAAAAAGUGGUUAUAUUGGAAAAUGUUGGCCAUUUUCUACAACAAGAAAAGCCUGAUGAAAUUAACAAACACAUUCAUGAUUUCUUCAAGGGAUUUUCUUCUACUUGAAGGUUUGAAGAUUUAGCCCUUUCAAGUUUUUUUUGGGGGGCAUAGUAGCUUUUGAUGUAAUUGAAUAAAGUACAUGUGAAGAAAGUGGUUAUGUUGGAAAGACUUGGCCAUUUUCUUCUACUUGAAGUUUUAAAGUUUAGCCCUCCAAAUUUAUUUUGGAAAUAUAGUAACUUUUGAUGUAAUUGAAUAAAGUACAUGUGAAGAAGUGGUUAUAUUGGAAAUAGUUGGCCAUUUUCUUCUACUUGAAAGGUUUAAAGUUUUAGCCCUUUCAAGUUUUGUUUUGGGGACAUAGUAGCUUUUGAUGUAAUUGAAUAAAGUACAUGUGAAGAAGUGGCUAUAUUGGAAAGAGUUGGCCCAUUUUCUUCUUGAAGGUUUAAAGUUUUAGCCCUAUCAAGUUUGUUUGAGGAGAUGGUAACUUUUAAUGCAAUUGAAUAAAGUACAUGUGAAUCAAGUGGCUAUAUUAGAAAGAGUUGUCCAUUUGCUUCUACUUGAAGUUCUAAACUUUAGUCCUUUCAAGUUUGUUUUGGUGAUAUUGUAACUUUUGAUGUAAUUGAAUAAAGUACAUGUGAAUCAAGUGGCUAUAUUAGUAAGAGUUGUCCAUUUGCUUCGA